UAAAAGUCCAGGAGCCGCUGGAGGCUGCAGAAGAGAAGAGGAGCGGCGCAGAAGUCUUCAUCCACCACGAGAACCCCAGCAAUACGAGGAAGACGAGCAGAGACGUGGAGAAUGUGUCCUGUGUGGCUAUUGGUGGCUGCGGUGGUUGUGGGCGGAGCCAGAGGAGCUGUCAGCCAAUGCUGGGAGCAUCCGAGCUGCCAGGACCUGAACACUGAGAGCAGCAUGAUGGAGUGCAUCCACGCCUGCCGGUCGGACCUCACCGCCGAGACCCCCAUCGUCCCAGGUGAAGCCCACCUCCAGCCUCCUCCUCCUCCCUCCGAGGCCUCCUCCUUCAUGUCCUCCUCUCCCCCGGCUAAACGCUCCUACUCCAUGGAGCACUUCCGCUGGGGGAAGCCCGUCGGCCGCAAACGCCGCCCCGUCAAGGUCUACACCAACAACGGGGUCCAGGAGGAGUCCGCCGAGGUGUUCCCCGGAGAGAUGAGGAGGCGAGAGCUGACCAGUGAGCUGCUGGCGGCCGUGGAGGCGGAGGAGAGGGCUCAGGAGGUGAUGGAGGAGGCGUCGGAGGAGCGCCAGCAGCUCCUGGGAGGCCUGCAGGAGAAGAAGGACGGCUCCUACAAGAUGAAGCACUUCCGCUGGGGCGGGCCGCCGGCUGGGAAACGCUACGGGGGGUUCAUGAAGAGCUGGGAGGAGGGCCGGCAGAAGCCGCUGGUGACGCUCCUCAAGAACAUCAUCAACAAGGAGGAGCAGAUGUGAGAGCAGGAGAGCAGGAGGCCCAGGCUGGAGGAAACAGAGUCCAGCUUCUCUCCCAGCAGCAGGAAAGAGCAGCCAAUAAAGAAAAAAA